GAAUGAGCGCCGUGGUUGGUUUGUUUACACGUGCUUGGUGGAUGUUUCCUUCCCGGUUUCCGUUAUGAGUUGAUUAAAAUUAACCGAAACUAGGGCUUUCACUUUGAAGUAGCAAUUUGAGAGAUAAAAAGUCUGAAUUUUUUUUUCAAAAUGGAAACUGAAUCAUUUAAGACUAUAAAAGGCUUGUCGUUUGGAAUUUACACUACAGAAGAAAUAAAAAAAAUAAGUGUUCUUGAAGUCACUAACACAGAAAUUUUGGACUCUUUGGGACAUGCAUCUCCUGGUGGACUUCAUGAUCUUCGCCUAGGCCCCAAUGAAAAAGAUGAAAUUUGUGAGACCUGUGACUUAAACUUUUUUAAAUGUCCUGGUCAUCUGGGACAUAUUAGCCUACCAGUGCCUGUAUAUAAUCCUGCUAUAUUCUUACAAUUAUAUCAGUUAUUGCGAGGAAUCUGCUUUAAUUGCCACCAUCUGUUAGCUCCAACAGUUGCCAAGCACUUAGUAUUAUAUCAACUUCAAGCUUUAGACUAUGGGUUAAUUGGCAUAGUUCAAGAAUUGUCCGAAGUAGUGACGGACGUUACUGAGUUAGAUGCGUCAAACUCUUUAUCUGGUGUACAAGAUAAAUUGCAGAGAAAAUUUAUUGAAGCUACUGAAGGUUUGGAUCAAGAUUUAAGUAAUGAACCUUGUAAAAGCAUAGUCGAGUGCCGAAAAGACAUUAUAAGAAAUUUCAUUGGUAAACAUAUGAUGAGAGUAAGUGGGAAAUGUCCUCAUUGUCGGCAUCCAAGGCGAAAGCUUACACGGAAUAACAUGAGCAUACUUUAUGUUGAUGGAACAACUGUGAAAAAAGAAUCUGGGGUAUCUGGCAGUGGGGAUGCAGAUAUUGUUGCACUUGAAUUGUCAAACCGAGAACUAUUACCUGAAGACGCCAGACAAAGUCUUCACAAGCUAUGGGAAAAUGAAAAAGUGCUUUUGAGGCAACUUUAUAAAACGUUGCUGAGAGAAGAUACUAAAGAUGAACUUGCUAUUGAUAUGUUUUUCAUGAAUGUAAUUGCAGUUCCACCUUCAAGAUUUCGUAGGCUAAAUUACAUGAAAGGCAGUGCAUAUGCUGACAGUCAGACUCUUUUAUUUAAUGAAGCACUGAAAGAUUGUGUUCUUAUCAAAACUGUGUACAAACUCAUGAAAGGAGCUGCUGUCAAUAAUACUGAGCAGGAUGUUAUUAGUAAGUUACCUGGAAAAACAAAUGUGGAAAAGUUGAACUAUAGUCGAAAACAGUUACAGAGACAUGUCUAUGAAAUUUUUGACAGUGAUGUAAAUAAGGAUAAAAAUAAAGUCUCUAAAGGUAUUAAACAAAUUCUUGAAAAGAAAGAAGGCCUAUUUCGAAUGAAUAUGAUGGGGAAGAGAGUAAACUUUGCUGCUCGUUCAGUCAUCUCUCCUGAUCCUUAUAUAAUGGUGAAUGAAAUUGGGGUACCUCUUGUUUUUGCGAAAAAAUUGACAUUUUCUGAACCUGUUUCACCAAGAAACUUUAUGAAGCUAUAUCAUGCUGUUAAGAAUGGACCCGAAGUUCAUCCCGGUGCAACUUUGGUAGAAUACGAAGAUGGAAGAGUUGUGAGGUUAUCCGCUGAUGACGCUGGUCAGCGACAUGCUAUAGCUAGCACUCUUUUAACUCCAACAGGAAGUUUUAAAAUGACCUUCGGCAUUAAGAGAGUUCACAGACAUCUCCAAAAUGGCGAUAUGUUACUCUUAAACCGUCAGCCCACACUUCACAAGCCCAGUAUUAUGGCACAUAAAGCAAGAGUGCUACCAGGAGAGAAAACCCUUAGACUUCACUAUGCCAAUUGCAAAUCUUAUAAUGCAGAUUUCGAUGGUGAUGAAAUGAAUGCUCAUUUUCCUCAGUCAUAUCACGGGCAAGCAGAAUGUCGUUACAUUGUUAAUGUAAAUCAUCAGUAUCUGGUACCAAAGGAUGGUACCCCUCUUAGUGGUCUUAUUCAAGAUCACAUUAUUGGUGGUACUUUAUUGACCAUGCGUGGACGUUUUUUCACUGAGGAAAAGUAUCAUCGAUUAAUAUACAGUGCAUUGUCUUUUUCUUCUAAAACUCUGAAAUUUCUACCGCCUGCUCUUAUUCGUCCUUACAAGUUGUGGUCUGGAAAACAGGUUGUAUCAACCAUUAUUAUUAAUCUCAUCCCUGAUGGCAAGAAACCUCCAACGUUUGAAGGGAAGACAAAAAUAUCGUCUAAGAAUUGGAAAAGUGUACCAGAAAGAAAAUGGGAAGCUGGUGGUACACCUUUGAAGGGAGACAACAUGAGUGAGUCCGAAGUUAUUAUACGAGACGGAGAAUUGUUGUGUGGUGUCAUAGACAAGGCACAAGUUGGACCUCAGCCCUACAGUCUCAUACAUAUAUGUUAUGAACUUUAUAGUGGGGAAACAUCUACCCUCCUCCUCACAGCCUUCACUCGACUUUUCACUCAUUAUAACCAGUAUUAUUCUGGGUUUUCUCUUGGCAUUGAAGAUAUAGUUGUCACAAGUGAGGCGAAUAAGCUUCGUAGAAGAACAUUGCGUAAAGCAAAACGGAAUGGUCUCAAAGCAACCGCUAUAGCUCUAGAAGUUACUAAUCCUGAAGAGCCCAACAAAGAAGAACUGUUGUACAAGUAUAAGCAAGUUCAUUUCAACAGGGAUGAUUUUGGCCUGAAAAUGCUUGAUGUUGAAAUGAAAAAAGUUACACAGUCUCUCAAUAAUGACGUAAAUGAAAUUUGCAUUAUAAAUGGAUUAAAGAAAAGAUUUCCUAAAAAUAAUUUACAGCUGAUGAUUGAAUCUGGUGCAAAAGGUUCAUCAGUGAAUGCCUUACAAAUUUCAUGUCUGUUGGGUCAAAUUGAGUUAGAAGGACGUCGCAUGCCCUUGAUGAUGAAUGGUAGCACAUUGCCAUCUUUUCUUCCUUAUGACUCUUCUCCAGGAGCAGGAGGAUUUGUGGGAGGUCGCUUUUUAUCAGGUCUCAACCCACAAGAAUUUUUCUUCCAUUGUAUGGCUGGACGUGAGGGUUUAAUUGAUACAGCUGUCAAAACAAGUCGGAGUGGUUAUUUGCAGCGUUGUUUAAUUAAGCACUUGGAGGGAAUAACUGUGAAUUAUGAUUACACUGUGAGGGAUAGUGAUGGUACAGUCCUUCAGCUUUUGUAUGGGGAAGAUGGUCUAGACAUUGUUAAAUCACAAAUGCUGAAAGAAAAGUCACUACACCAUUUAGCUCAAAAUUAUGAAGCUGCAAUCAAUAAAAACGAAGUAGAACAGCUUUUAAACAUUAGAGAAUCCAACCCAGAAAAGACCAAGAAGAAGAUAAGAAAAUGGAAGAAAAAGCAUUCAGUAUUAGAUAAUAGUCGAAGAUCUCUUUUAACUGGUGUUGAAAAUAAGGCUGCAUUUGAUUGCAAAUCAUGGCAUAAUGCACGCUCUUAUGCAAAAUCUCUUAUAAGUGAUGAGGAUCUAAAGCAGUAUGAAAAACAAAGAGAAAGAUGCCCCGAUCCAGUUAACUCAUACAUGAGGUCAGAUUUAACAUUUGGUUCUGUGUGUGAAAAAAUUGAUGGUAUAAUAUCAAAUUAUGUGAAGAACAAUCCCCACUGUCUAUUAAAUCAUGAGGAUUCGCUAAAACAAAGUCGAACUAUAUCAGAUAGUGAAUUUAAAGAUGUUUGUUACUAUCGAUACAUCAGAAGUUUAGCUGAACCUGGAGAGCCUGUUGGUCUAUUAGCUGCUCAAUCAAUCGGAGAGCCAUCUACUCAGAUGACACUGAAUACAUUUCAUUUUGCUGGCAAAGGUGAGAUGAAUGUAACCUUGGGUAUUCCUAGGAUUCGCGAAAUUUUGAUGACUGCUUCUCCAAACAUUGCCACUCCUACAAUGGAACUGCCCUUAUUAGAUCGCCCUGAUGUUGAAAAGAAAGCUGAAGAGCUAAAAUUAAAACUUUCACCGGUUACUUUGAAAGAACUUCUUGAAUAUGUGAACAUAAAAGAAUACUUGUCUGUACCUGGUACUGGAAUGAAUACUAGAAACUAUCAAGUAAAAAUGAGUUUCUUGAAGUAUUCCGAGUACAAAGGAUACCUUAACACUUCACCUUCUCAAAUCUUAAAGUAUAUAGAGACUAUAUUUUUGAAAAAGAUUCUUGAAGCUAUAAAGAAGAAGCUGCGAAUUGCUUCAAUGGCAAGGAUUGUUAAUGAGGUGAAAGAUACUCAAACUGCAAGUCAUAAUGAAAGUAGUUUUGAUGAAGAAGCACCAGUUGCAACUGCUGGAGCCAAAGAAGAUGAAGGAGAAAGUUCUGGUGAAGAUGAAGCAGCGGAGCUAGAUACAGACACAGCUAAGAACAAAAUGCAUCAUGAGGAACAAGAAUACGAAGAUCCUGAAGAUGAAGAAAUGCUUCCCGAGUCUGGUGAAGAAAGUGGUGCCGAAGAGGAAGUUCGUGUAAAAGAAGAAAUUAUUUCUGAUGCUGAAGAUCAGACCAAUUCCAAUAAUUCAAAUGAGGGGGUUCAUAUAAAAGAAAAAAAGUACCAGAAGGUUUGCAUUGGUGAGAAAGAAAAAGCAGUUCGAAUAAAUAAAGUUAAAUGCAUACAUAGCUGGAUAUCUGAAUACGACUUUGAUGUUCAGAGGGAAAGAUGGUGUGAAGUUACUUUUCAACUUACUUUAGACAGCAGUCGAAUUGACAUGAAAACACUCCUGGAAGACGAAAUCAAUAAAGCUUAUGUUUAUGCAGUUCCUCAUAUUAAACAGGCAGUAUUAUUGAAAAAACCUGAUGCCAAAGAUGGACCAAAGUUCAAGAUUCAAACAAAUGGAGUUAAUUUUCAAGAAAUUUUCAAGUAUGUAGAUAUUUUAGAUAUAAAUAAAGUCUACAGUAAUAACAUACAUGCUAUUGCUGAAAAUUAUGGAAUAGAGGCUGCUACAAGAGCCAUAAGAAAGGAAAUAGUAAAUGUUUUUGCUGCAUAUGGAAUUGAAGUUGAUUCUCGGCAUUUAUCUUUAAUAUCAGACUACAUGACUUGCAGUGGAUAUUACCGACCAUGUAAUAGGAAAGGAAUGGAAGCAAAUGCUUCUCCAUUACAACAAAUGACCUUUGAAACAACCAAGAAUUUCAUGGUGGACGCCAUGUUUAAUGGUGUCGAAGACCGAUUGAAAUCUCCAUCUGCCAAUAUAAUCGUAGGGAAAUUAAGUGGUGUUGGCACUGGUUGCUUUGGACUAAGGUGUAAACCUGGACGCCGUCCAUAAUUUUUUCUAAUAAAUUGUAAAUAAAUUUUGUACAAAUCUUG